GUAUCAUCGAACGUCAACCCCUGGACCCAACUCCAAGUGCGCCACUUGCUCCGCGGUCAAGACGACGCCUCCCGAUGCCGCUGCUUCUCACUGACUCCACCUCUGUCGUGCCAAGACGACAGAGGGACGAGAUCUAGAGCUAAAGGUCAGAGGCUUGUCAGUGUGAGCGACCAGCCAGCCGCGUACCGCCUAGCUCUCGGAAAGCGGUAUCUCGUGACCAAAAAUCGGUGCCCACUCCACCCCACCGGAAAGGGAAAUCCACCGUUUAUCGCUUACCGCUUAACUGAUAUCAGCAGGCACGAUGCACCAGACCCACCCCUUCCACUCGCGUGUACAUCCACGCCUCGAUCCGCCGCCACCCAGAAAUCGCGCCCACAACUGAGACAUUCGCGCAGCAAGCUGCGCGAUUGCCUGCAAUGUAUAUAGGGCGACGGCGAAAUGUCGUUUGGUGCACCCCACAUCCUCCACCAUGCCGACAGACCCCAACAAUCUGCCCAUCCCCGGCUCGCUGCUGCUCGUUGACGAGCACGCUACCGGCGCGCACCAUGGAGACAUCAUUCUCAGUCCAACGCCGAGCCGCGAUUUCAACGACCCGCUCAAUUGGAGCAAAUGGCGCAAGCAGCUCGCUUUUGCGAUGCUCAUGACUUACACCGUCCUCUCCGGCUUCGCUGCGUGCUCUGUAUACUCGGUGCUGGUCCCGCUUGGCGAGGCAAAGAAUAUCAGCUUGGGCGCCCUUAACGCAGGCACCGGAUACAUGUUCCUCCUCCUCGGUUGGGGUGGUCUGAUCACGCAACCGCUGGCUCUCACGUUCGGCAAGCGCCCCAUGUUCAUCUUCAGCACAGUCGGGCACCUGGGUACCGUCAUUUGGCAGGUGUACAUCUCGAACGAGGGCACAUGGCACGCCAACAAAGUGCUACAGGGCCUAUUCACGGCGCCGAUCGAGAUGCUUAUCGAGGUAUCGAUCGCUGAUCUUUUCUUCGCGCACGAGCGCGGCUUCUACAUGGGUCUCUACGCGACGGCGCUCUACGGUGGCAACUUCCUCGCGCCCGUGUGGGCAGGCUUUGCCAACGACACUCUCGGAUGGGAGUGGGUGUUCUGGCUCAGCGCACUCAUGCUGGGCGUGCUCAUCGUGGUGCUGUUCUUCUUUAUGGAGGAGACCAACUAUAACCGUGGCACCACUGAGCUCGGCGAGAAGCACGGCGGCACGACCACUGAUGACGUCGAGGCGCCCCACGAAGACGACAAGGACAAGGACCACACCGUUACUGUCGAGGACAGCCGUCCGGCGCUCGAGGGCAAGGAGUACUCCUACAUGUACAAGAUCGCCCUCUAUCGCCAACGCUACACCACCUGGUCGACGCUUUGGGCUCAAGUCUACCGUCCUAUCAUCUUCUUCCGCUACCCCGUCGUCCUCUGGUCGGGUCUUCUCUACGGCUGCUCGCUGGUGUGGUACAACGUUCUCAACGCUACCGCGUCCAUGAUCCUCACCGAGAACUACGGCUUCUCGGCCUCUAUGGUUGGCCUGUUCUACCUUGGUCCCACUAUCGGUGCGUGCCUCAGCUCGGCACACUCGGGUUGGGCUGCCGACAAGUGGCUGCUUUAUUACACCCGUAAGCGCGGCGGUGUGCGUGAGCCUGAGGACCGUCUCUGGCUUCUCGCCCUCAACGCCAUCCUCCUUCCCGUCGGCCUCAUCCUCUGGGGCGUCGGCGCUGCCAACAACGUGCACUGGUUCGGGCUUGUCUUCGGCGGCCUUCUCGUCGCAUUUACUUCGGCAUCCGGUGGAGCGUUCGCCCUCAACUACGUCAUGGACUCGUACAAGGAUUUGGGUGGCGAGGUCGUUCUCACGACCAUCCUCAUCCGCAACUCGCUCUCCUUUGCCAUCGGCUACGGUAUCACACCCUGGCUUAACAUGGGUCUCAAGAACACGUUCAUCACCGCCGCCAUGGUCGGCAUGGCGCUGUACGCCUCGUUCAUUAUCAUGACUACUUGGGGCAAGAGGUUCCGCAAAAACAGCCGUACGUCGUAUUGGCGCUACGUCGAGUCGAGCGUCAUGCCGCACCACUAAGUGUGGGACACUGGCAAGCAGGAGACACAGGUGGGGGGACUGAGCUUGAGAGGCCAUCGAUGGGGGUGUACGGGUAGCGUUGGGCUUGCAGUUGUGUGAUACUUGUAGUGAGGCUGCCGUUGUCUGUAGGGAAGUAAUGGUCUGUCAACGAGAUGGAUGAUUUGAGUCAUGCACAUCCUGAAGCU